GCCCGCACGGAGCCGGAACGGCGGACCCCGCGUCCCGGCGGCGCCGGAGCCCCGGCCGGUGAAGGCAAGGUCCCUGAACUGGUCAGACACUGCCUGUGGGCCUGAUAGAGUCAAGAGGAGGCCCCAUCAUGCCCCUCAGUGAGGCCUGCAACCUGAGCAGAUAGUAUGGCCUGCCACUGGAGGUGAACACCAUGGCUACAGGCGGUGGCCGGGCCUUUGCUUGGCAGGUGUUCCCACCCAUGCCCACCUGCCGGGUGUACGGCACAGUGGCAUACCAGGAUGGGCACCUGCUAGUGUUGGGGGGCUGUGGCCGGGCCGGACUGCCCCUGGACACUGCCGAGACCCUGGACAUGGCCUCACAUACAUGGCUUGCACUGGCCCCCCUGCCCACUGCCCGGGCUGGUGCAGCUGCUGUGGUGCUGGGCAAGCAGGUGCUAGUGGUGGGCGGUGUGGAUGAGGGCCAGAGUCCUGUAGCUGCCGUGGAGGCCUUCCUGGCUGAUGAGGGCCGCUGGGAGCGUCGGGCCACCCUCCCUCAGGCAGCCAUGGGGGUUGCAACUGUGGAGAGAGAUGGUAUGGUGUAUGCUCUGGGGGGAAUGGGCCCAGACACGGCUCCCCAGGCCCAAGUUCGGGUCUAUGAGCCCCGGCGGGACUGCUGGCUUUCGCUCCCCUCCAUGCCCACACCCUGCUACGGGGCUUCUACCUUCCUGCACGGGAACAAGAUCUAUGUCCUGGGGGGCCGCCAGGGAAAGCUCCCAGUGACUGCUUUUGAGGCCUUUGAUCUGGAGGCCUGUACCUGGACCCGGCACCCAAGCCUGCCCAGCCGCCGGGCCUUUGCUGGUUGUGCCAUGGCAGAAGGCAACGUCUUCAGCCUGGGUGGCCUGCAGCAACCGGGGCCCCACAAUUUCUACUCCCGCCCACACUUUGUCAACACUGUGGAGAUGUUCGACCUGGAACAUGGAUCCUGGACCAAGCUGCCCCGCAGCCUGCGUAUGAGGGAUAAGAGGGCCGACUUUGUGGUUGGCUCCCUUGGGGGCCACAUCAUGGCCAUUGGGGGCCUUGGCAACCAGCCAUGCCCUCUGGGUUCUGUGGAGGGCUUCAGCUUGGCACGGCGGCGCUGGGAGGCCCUGCCGGCCAUGCCCACAGCCCGCUGCUCCUGUUCUAGUCUGCAGGCUGGGCCCCGGUUGUUUGUCAUUGGGGGUGUGGCCCAGGGUCCCAGCCAAGCUGUGGAGGCGCUGUGUCUGCGUGAUGGGGUCUGAAUGCCUGAUGGGGAUGUGGCAGCUGGAGCAGCACAGUGCCAGGUGCACAGGUCCAUGGCUCCUUUUGCUGCUGAAGAAGCUCAUUGUGGCUCUGUGGGAUGCGGGAGGCCCAAGGUCAGGUACAAAGAGUGAGGGCACUUUGUCUUUAGCGCAGGACACAUAUGCUUAUACCCACCUUUAUCCCCAUUCAUUCAUUGGACCAUGCCUAGCUCCAUACUUGCUCUGGAACUACUGGGCCCUCUGUCCAACUGGGAAGUGGGAGGUUGGGAGAGCUGGCCUCAGGCCCCACAGGAUUAGUGCCUACCUGGAGUUGACCAGUCUCACCCCAGUGGCUGUUCCUGAAAAAUCCUAGCCGUCAGCCUACCUUGAGGGCCUCUGUGGCCCCAGGAGAAUUCAGGGAAGUCAGAGGACACAGAGGGCAUGGAGGAGUAGAUGUAGGAACCUCCAGAGGACCAGAGGAAUGGUGGCUUUGGGCCCUUUACACUGUUGACUGUGUGACCUUGAGCAAGUCAUUUCACCUCUCUGUGCCUCAGCAUCCUCAUCUGUAAAUGGGGAUCUCUGAAACCUUCCUGCCCUACCUACCUCACAGGGCUGUUGUGAGGACCCAGGAAGUUCAGAUGUGAAAGUAAAAGUGCUGCUAA